GAUCCGGGACGAAUGCGAAGUUCAGGAUCAGAAUCAUCACGCUGAUACACUCCGCAAAUCGUAACGUGAUUAGCUGAACCGCCGGUGAAAAAAAAAAGAAACAAGGGUGUGAGGAGGACGAGGAAGGUGUAGGAGGCAGAAGACAAACCUGCGCCGUUGGAGUUUGAUAUGACCAAGAAACUGAUGCUCCACCUAGAUAACACGUUAUCUUCUCUCGCACCGACGCUUCCCGCGCCAAUGGCCCUGAACAACCUCCUGAAUCUUCCUCCCUCCAAGGCCGCGCUCAAACCCUCGCUCCCGACGCGCCCGUCCCUCUCUGCGCCACCGCGAGGGACCCCUCUCCGUCGCUCCCUCACCUUCCGCAGCGAGCCGCCGCGGCCGACGCGGCGCGUCCACUCCUCCGCGUCGUCCCCGGCGUCGGAGGCCGCGCCCUCGCCACCGUCGUCGAGGGAGGAGGCCGUCGCGCAGGCGCGGUCCUGCCUCGCCGCGGCGCUGCAAAAGCCGCUUGGCAACUCGGUCCCGCCCAAGAAGCUCAAGAGGCAGCGGCAGCCCCGGCUCCGCGCCGAGAUCCCCGUCGUCGACGACUCGCCGGGCUCCCUCGCGCGCCUCGCGCUCGACGUGUUCUCGGGCGGCGCGGGCGUGUCGAGGAAGGGCGCGCCGGCGAGGCUUCUGCUCGUCUGGCCCUCGGCCGAGGCGCUGGCCGUGGCGCUGCGGGAAUUCGAGAACUCGGGGGACUUGGCGACGGCGCACGCCCAGCUGGGCUCGGAGGAGUCGGGCGCGCUGAGCGCCUGCGACGCCACGGUGUUCCUGGCCCCGGUGCCGGCGCAGGUGGAGCAGGUGAAGGCCGCCGCCGCCGCAGUGGACCCCAAGCCGGUGGUCCUGUUCAACCCGGCGUGGAGCUUCGACGAGGAGGAGGGUGAAGCGUUCGGCGCCGGCGCGAGGGGCUUCGUGGGGUCCUUCGACGUGGUGUACUCCUUCACGGGGCUGGAGGUGCGGGGCCUGCUGAGCAAGAAGACGGGCGUGCUGCUCCGGUGCGUCGACGGCGGGCGGUUCGGCGGCGAGAGCUGGGUGCUCAUGGUGGAGAACGACGGCGGCGCGCCCGAGGGGCAGAAGUUCAGGGUCGUGUCGCGGCUUAAGAAGCGGCCGACCAUCGGCGAGGUGGAGACGAUGCUGUACAACCUCAUGGCCGCCAACUCGCCGGUGACCAAGUCGGCCAGGUUCCUCAGGGAGAUGGUGUCCAAUGUGACCAGAGGAAAGGGGAAGCGGUGAUUCAUGCUGCCUGCAUGAGUGCGAGACUGAUGGUUUCCAUGAUUUUAUCACGCUGUCCUCUGAAUUCCUUGCGCCAUGCAUGCAACUGCUUCUGACACGGAUGAGUGGUAGCACACACAAGCUGUGUUUGGUAGGUGAUUCAGGGUGCAUUUGCAGUUUUGCACAAAAACCUUUGGAUGAGGACACUGCAAUCCUGGUGAUCAGCAAGCAACUUCACAAGAUUGUGAUGCCGCACACUCUAUCGUGCGGUUGUAAGCGCUUCGCGAUUCGCGCAAGUCAACACAGACCAUUCUGCGCCAGGCGGGAAUUUAGGCAAAUUUCGCGACUCUUAGGCAACUCUCGCGGGCACUACUAACUCACGUGCAGCAAACACGCGACCCAUUGUACCUCGUUCAUCUUCAACCUCCAGCUCUAACUCCUCUCUCCAUCGACCUGCAGUUCAUCCGCCAUGCCCCGGAUAACGCUCAUCUCUAGCGAUUCCAACCCCUAGGUAUAUCGCUCGUCUUCAACCUCCAGCUCCAACUACUCUCUCCUUCGACCUGCAUUUCAUCACAAUGCCCAAAUCAUUGCUCAUCUCUAGCGAUUUCAGCUCGUAGAUCUUACAGUUCCAAAAAAAAUUCCAACCUAUUCUGCCAACAGUAUCUACUAUGGAUUCAAGUACAGCCAGUUGUGCCGCCAUUAUCGCCUCAGAUCUAGAUGGUCCGCUGACAGAGCUGCGAAAUGAUCUUCAAAAAGGGUUAUCUACUACUAUGCUGGACUUGGCGGAUAAUACUUCACAAUAUGGAGCACAGAUGCCUGUUGGCAAUGUUGUUCAAGCAGUGGUGAUGAAUCUGUGUUCUUUCAGUGAGCUGUUGAUCCAUGCAAGCAAAGGGUCAUUGUGCACUGAAUAUAGUUCAAUGAUGACAGAUUAUCCAAUGGAAAUGUACCAGGAAAAUGGUGGAGCCUAUUAUAGUGCAGUGGAAUCUGAGCAUGAGACAACAGGAUACCAGUCAGCUGAUGACUUGGAUGAUGACGGAUAUGGUGCAGAUGUCGACCAACAGCAAACGCAUUUUAAAAUUAAAUGCAGUUCUGAUGAUGUUUGCAUAGCUGAUUUUGAUGACAAUAUAAGCAAAGAAUGUUUUAACAAUGCCAGAGACUGUAUAGGCUGUGUAUCUGAGUAUCCAGAACUUGGAGUUGAUGACAUGGAUAUGACUGAAGAUGAAUUAGGGGAAGAAUUUACAGAGCCGGGCGAGUUGGUGGUUGGAAGUGGUUUGAUGGAACUAAAUGGAGUUCAGCCCAAAGAUGGUGAGCAUGAGAUUUUUGUUUCAAAUGAGCAGACAAACCUAGCAGCAGGUUUACUUGUGGCUGUGGCUGUGUGCACCAAGAAAUAGCUCAAGAUUUUCUAUCAGUUGAUCCAUGAUUUUGCCUGACCUCAGUUGAUCUUAGGUGAUUGCACCUGUGCUGAUACACUGGCAUUGGUGCAUGUAUGUGUGGGACUUUGGAAGGAACAAGAUAAUAGUUUUGGAUCCAAUGGAUAUGCCGCUGGGAGAAGAGUAUAUGGCAACAAAGCACAGACACAGUGUAAGCAUCAUGCGUGCUGCAAUGCAGGAAGCAAAGCAAAGGUAUUUUCCAAAUACACCUGCAAACAUGGAAACAUGGGGGAUUGAGUAUUUAACAGUAUGUGAAGCGCGACAGCACUACAUCCGGUCUGUACGCCAUGUUCUACGCGAGAUACUUUGAUGGGCAAUACCUGACACGGAUUCUAACACAGGAGGCGACUAAACUUCAAAAGUGUAGCUUGCUGCACCAGCUCCUAACUAUGUUUGGAAACAUAGGUCAGCCUCCACCAAGUAUCAUGGAAGCCAUCUCCAGCAACUAAUAGCAGAGGGAUUAGGGUACUAACUGAAAUGACUGCCGAUAAAUGGGGUCGAAGUUUGGGCUCUGAAUGUGAAUGAGACCUAGCUUAGAAACUAUGUUGUACGUACCAUGUAUUUUGUUCUGACGUCAGCAGAAUUUGGGUAAUUUGGGCAGAAUUUGGAGAACUAAUCAGUGUUCCCCCUUGCGGAGUGCUGUGACCUUAUAUUGCAACGAGUAUUCCUACCUA